UUCAUUAUCUUCCAGAAAAUUCUCAAGACCUUCCUCGCCACGCCAAUCUCCGAUCAAUCUCAUCGCCAAUUCAAAAACCCUUUCCCGAUCACGCCGUAGUCCUCCUCAGAGGAGAAAAAGAAGAAGAUGGGAAUAAUAAGGAGCAGCUUCACAUUCCUGACGGGAACAGUGUGCGGGAUCUACAUCGCUCAGAACUACAACGUUCCUAACAUCAAAACCCUUGGUCGUUGCGCCGUUUCAAAGGCGAAGGAAAUUGAGGAGCUAUAUCGCAAGCCCAAGAGCAGAGACGACGCUUGACAGAUUCCACUUUUGCUUCCCCGGCGAGAUAUCUUAAUUUUUAUUUUUCGUUUCUUUUGGGAAGGGGUUUUUGUUUGUGUGUGUGGGAUUAUUGAUUAUAAAUUCAGAUUAUAUUCGACAAUCACAUAAAAAAAAAGAGCAAAUUAAAAAUUAUUUUCUCAGAUGA